AUGGCAAGGCUUGCUUAUCAACUUCUUCACCCUGCUGGGCUCUGUCAUUGGCCAGUUGCUGUUGGGUUCCUCGCCGACUUUUAUGGCCGAACCCGUCUCUACGGUAUCGAGCUUGUACUGGUAAUUGUAUCGACCAUUGGUGUGGCUACUAGCAGCCAUGGUUUCGAUGAUAUGAGCUUUUUGGGACUGUUCACCUGGUGGCGUUUUGUGAUGGGGGUCGGCAUCGGCGCAGAACACCCCCUCAGCGCUGUAAUCACAUCGGAAUGGUCAAGCACCCAGUCGAGGGGAACCAUGAUCUCUUCCACGUUCAUGAUGCAGCCCAUCGGCCAAGCCCUCGCCCAGCUUGUAGGUCUUUGGGUACUUCUCGGCCGCGAAAGGAGCGAGGGUCUGAAGACGAUGCAGUGCGGCCUUGAUAUGAAGUUUGACAGAGAAUGCCGCCGCAUUGUGGACGGUAUCUGGCGUAUUGUUAUAGGUUCCGGCGCCGUUCCCGCUCUGCUUGCCAUUAUAUUUCGUUUUUUCCUGCUCGACUGCGGACUGUACAGCCUUGAGGUCAGAAAAAGGUCUGGUAUAGCCUUGAGGAACACGCAGAGGGUCUACGGUGCUCCUCCUGGGACAACGACGGGGUAUUCCAUGGCCGCCAAUGACGGCAUGCAUACUACGAACUCGCAGCAAACCAUGCCUAUUCAGUUUUCCAAAGACGACUUUACUGACUGCGCUACAAGCACCGCUGCAACAUGGUUCUUUCUUGAUGUAAGCUUCUACGGUCUCGGCCUAGACAAUAGAGGCACUUUGUUCGACAUGUGGGCGACUACUGGGCCGAAGCCCAUUGACGAUGGGCUACCAUGCUGGAACUCCAAGUUUCCCGACGGAUUCGCAACAGCACAGAUUUGGAAUCAGACGGGUAAACUUCCUGUCUGGCAGACGGACGCGACGCUGCCCUGCAACACCAUCUACGACGUGCUCCUGGAACAGGCGAAGCAAUACCUACUGACUGUGUCCAUUGCUUCUAUUGCUGGUAGCGCCUGCUUCUUCAUGGCAGCCAACCGUAUUCCCCGCAGGCUGUGGCUAACCGUUUCUUUUUUCGUUUUGGCCAUAUUAUUCCUGAUAACAGGCUGCGUGUACUACGGUGUCAACCGCACCUCUGGCGCACCGGCAACAGUUGUAUUUGUGGCGUUGUGUCAUUUCAUGUUCAACUUUGGAGCGAACACUCUGACCUUUAUCAUCCCUGCCGAAAUCUUCCCAACAUGCUAUCGGUGUACAUGUCACGGCAUCUCCGCUGCCGCCGGUAAGCUAGGCAGCAUCGUUGCUCUCUUCGUUGUCUAUUGGAUCAACUCGUCCUACAAGGCCGAGAACCGGCAGGGGCUGAUUUUCCUGCUCUUCGGCUCCUUCGUCGCUGUCGGCGCUAUUUUCUCGUGGGCGUACCUGCCCGACUCGCAGCGAUGGGCUGCGGAUGAGAAUGGGUGCCGCGUGCUUGAGCAAAAGACGUUGGAGGAGCUGGGUGAGGGCCGCGAAAGAGCGCGGCAGCUGGGAGAGGUCAUCACCGUUAGAGAAAAGCGGCACGAUUUGAAGCGGAGAAGGGCCUCGCGGGUGCCAUUGCAGGCUUUAGGCCCAUGA